AUGGCCGACAUCAACACCAACGAGAAAUUGCUGCAGGAGCUAGGCGACAAUGCGAGCUUCCACAAGACGGACGUCUCCAGCUACAGCGAACAAUCGAAGACAUUCCAGGACGUGUGGGAUCAGUACGGCAGGAUCGAUGCACUGCUAGCCAACGCAGGCGUUGUAGACAAGGGUUCAAUCUACAUUCUGAACCACAGAGGGUCUGACGAGUUGCCGCCGAAGCCCAACAUGGGCUGCACCGAUGUUAACUUCAAGGGGUUGGUGUACGGCACGCAGCUGGCCAUCCAUUUCAUGCGGAAGAAUGAGACCCCUGGAGGUAGCAUCAUUGCGACAUCGAGCAAUGCGGCUGUCAUCCCCCACGAAGCUGCUCCGGAGUAUUGCGGCACGAAAGCUGGUAUGGUCGGCUUCGUGCGCGGGGCAUCCCGCGUGCUCAAGAUUAAAGAAAACAUUCGCAUCAAUGCCGUCUUGCCUGGCGUCAUUCGGACGCCUUUGUUGCCUGCUGGUGCGAUCGCCGCAGUACCUCCUGAGUGUAUCACGCAACUCUCGACUGUCGUAUCCGCAUUCAACAAGUUCUUGGAUGAUGAGAGUCUCAACGGGGAAGCCCUCGAAUGCUCAGCCGAAGAUGUGGUCCCAUUGGUGUACGGCAAGUCGACAAUGAGCCCGGUGCCUGUCUGGGAUCCGCUGUUCAAGAUGAUGCAUCAUGAGAACUCCGGUCUUCCAGAGGCCGUUGCUUAG